AUGUCCUCCCCAGGGGCGCCCACCCGCGAUGUCUUGCUGGUCUCUGCCAUCAUCACCGUCAGCCUUAGCGUCACUGUCGUCCUCUGCGGCCUCUGCCACUGGUGUCAGCGCAAACUGGGCAAACGCUACAAGAACUCCUUGGAGACCGUGGGCACGCCAGACUCAGGGCGUGGGCGCAGUGAGAAGAAGGCCAUCAACGAUCUAGACAGAGACUUUUGGAAUAACAAUGAGAGCACAGUGCAGCAGAAAUGGAGCUCCUAUCCUCCCAAGGAGUUUAUUCUAAACAUUUCACCCUACGCCCCUUAUGGCGACCCACGACUGUCCCUCAAUUUCGAGGACUCCACCCUGUCCACGGCCACUACCCUUGAGUCUAUCCCCAGCUCCACGGGAGAGCCGAAAUGCCAGCGACCCCGCACCCUGAUGCGGCAGCAGAGCCUGCAGCAGCCGCUGAGCCAGCACCAGCGGGGCCGGCAGCCCAGCCAGCCCACCACCAGCCAGAGCCUGGGCCAGCUGCAGGCCCACGCGGCCUCGGCGCCGGGCCCCAACCCCCGGGCCUAUGGCCGGGGCCAGGCUCGGCAGGGCACCUCCGCCGGCUCCAAGUACCGGGCGGCCGGCGGCCGCAGCCGCUCCAACCCGGGCAGCUGGGACCACGUGGUGGGGCAGAUUCGAAACCGAGGCUUGGACAUGAAAUCCUUCCUGGAAGGCAGGAUGGUGGUGCUAUCCUUGGUCUUAGGGCUUUCGGAACAGGAUGACUUUGCCAAUAUCCCUGACCUGCAAAACCCAGGAACCCAGCAGAACCAGAACGCUCAGGGGGACAAGAGGUUGCCCGCAGGAGGGAAGGCAGUGAACACAGCCCCGGUGCCGGGCCAGACACCCCACGAUGAGUCUGACCGCCGGACUGAGCCGCGUUCCUCCGUCUCGGACCUCGUCAACUCCCUCACCAGUGAGAUGCUCAUGCUCUCCCCAGGCUCCGAAGAGGACGAGGCCCACGAGGGCUGCAGCCGGGAGAACCUGGGCCGGAUCCAGUUCAGUGUCGGCUACAACUUCCAGGAGUCCACGCUCACCGUGAAGAUCAUGAAGGCCCAGGAGCUGCCAGCCAAGGACUUCAGCGGCACCAGCGACCCCUUCGUCAAGAUCUACCUGCUGCCGGACAAGAAGCACAAGCUGGAGACCAAGGUGAAGCGGAAGAACCUGAACCCCCACUGGAACGAGACUUUCCUCUUCGAAGGUUUCCCGUACGAGAAGGUGGUGCAGAGGAUCCUCUACCUCCAGGUCCUGGACUAUGACCGGUUCAGCCGCAAUGACCCCAUUGGGGAGGUGUCCAUCCCUCUCAACAAGGUGGACCUGACCCAGAUGCAGACCUUCUGGAAGGAUCUGAAGCCAUGCAGCGAUGGGAGUGGGAGCCGAGGGGAGCUGCUCUUGUCUCUCUGCUACAACCCCUCUGCCAACUCUAUCAUCGUGAACAUCAUCAAAGCCCGGAACCUCAAAGCCAUGGACAUCGGGGGCACCUCAGACCCCUAUGUGAAGGUGUGGCUGAUGUACAAAGACAAGCGGGUGGAGAAGAAGAAGACAGUGACUAUGAAGAGGAACCUGAACCCCAUCUUCAACGAGUCUUUUGCCUUUGAUAUCCCCACGGAGAAGCUGAGGGAGACGACCAUCAUCAUCACUGUCAUGGACAAGGACAAGCUUAGCCGCAAUGAUGUUAUUGGCAAGAUCUACCUGUCCUGGAAGAGCGGGCCCGGGGAGGUGAAGCAUUGGAAGGACAUGAUCGCCCGUCCACGGCAGCCGGUGGCCCAGUGGCACCAGCUGAAGGCCUAAGUGUGGCCACAGGAGGCCCAGGGGGCCAAGGGCCCAGGUCCCCAUCAUGCCCUCACCACUUUAUGCACAAUGCCCGGCCUGGCCCCCCGCCAUAGGUGAGGGGAGGACCCUGAGGGCUUGGCCAGGGAGGGGUCCCAGGAGUCCGUUGGGCCCCGUUUCUAGGAAGUACCAGCCUCAUCCUCCACCGGUCCAGCUCUGGGGGAGGGGCUUUGGGAGCCAUUUUCCUGCUUUGCCCCUUUCCUUCCUGACUUGCUGAUAUUAAAGAAGUGGGGGAGAGCGUGAAGGCCAGACAGGCAGAUGGGCAGACCCCUCCAGAGACCCGCCAGGUGGGCACGGUCCCCUGUUUUCUUUAAGGCAGUGCCUGGAGUGGAGAGAAGUUGCUCUCUCCCCAGCUCCCGAUAUGGGCCCGGGGGAAGGAAGGCCGAGGCGUUUGGCCUGGCCUGGCCAGGAGAGGCCCAUCCCAGGGCAGUUUCAGGUGCCAGCUGGGCCCUGAAUGCCAAGGAUAGUAUAUAGCCCGCUCCAGGGUCCUGGAGCCGAAGCCCAUGUACUUGGCGUCGCGUCCACUUUGUGUGUGGGGGGGGCGGGGGGGCACUCUUACCCUGUCCCCCUGGGGGCCGCCCGUGCAGAGAGGGCAGGCUUUCAUAAAGUGAGGUAGGACAGGAGGCCAAGAGAGGUCAAUGCACAGAGCCAGGGGUGGGCAAGGAGAGGCAGGUGAGGGGUGAGAGGGGAAGGGUGGGGUGGCGGAAGAGGAGCAGACUCUGGAGCGGGACUGAGAACUUGGCUGCCUCCACCUCCUGCCUGUCUCUGCUCAGAGCUCUCCCGGAGCUCCUUGCUGAGCGAUGUCAUCACUUGAACAUCAUUUCACACCUUUUAGGCCCCUACUGCGUGUACCACAUUGCACCAGGACUCCCCUCCCUUCCUUCUUAGGGGUCCCACAGCCCCACCAGCCCUCUUCCCCAACACCCUCACCCAGACACCCUCAGCUGCCCCAGAUCUCAGAUCCCAGCCAAGCUGGCCGUGUUCUCCAUGCUUCCCAGGUUCCUUCCCUGUCUGGGCAGACCUCUGCAGCCCUCCAUCUGCCGAACUCGCAGACCUUCCCUUCCAUUUGGGGUCGGGGUCUGUGGCCCAGCCUUCUUUCCCCAUUGCUCCCAGUCCCUCCGAGCAGCUCCUCCCGCCCUCUCAGUUGAGGCAGAAGAAGUAGGGAAAAUCCAGAUUCCGCAAGUUCUGAGGUUGCCUCACCCAAAGAAGCGGGGAUUUCUCUGCCUCAGCCGUUGCAGAGACUAGAACUGGCCUCCCCUUGGAGACAGCAGAUGCCGGGAUGAUCUCUGCUUAACCCUGCUCAGCCCCACAAGGGUCCUGGUAUUGAUAAAAGACAGCUGGGGACAGUCAAAUCCGGGGGGUCUGCCUGCCUGGGCCUGACGUUGCCGGCACAGGCCGCCAGGUGGCGCCCGGACACCACGUCUGUGGUGGCAGCCUGGGACCACAGUUCUACCCCGAGAUGGGCCUGACCCCAAGGGGAGACUCUGGAUAGGGUCCCCACUUACAGAGCACGGCAAAAGCAUGGGAAUUUGAGAGCCAUUUUCCUUCAGUAGACUGCCCCUUGAGCUGCCCGUAUCAAAAUGUAUUACACUGAAUCUCACACCCGUGUCCUCAUCCCCUCCUCCUACGGUCUGGAGGAGCGUCAUACAGUGUCAGUGAAUCAUUUUGUAGAUUCAGGAGUGCUCUUGUAAAGCAAAUAGUCACCCAUAUUUCUUGUAAAUCCCAAUUUUUCUGUAUUGUAGCUUUGCUUAAAAUGGGGCCCUGCCCCAAGUGCAGGGUCUUUAUCGGGCGGCCUGGGGACCAGCCCCCAGCGGGAUAGGAGGGCAGCAACUCCGAAGGCGUGAUCAGAGGGUUUUGUGGGAAGCCUUGCAAGGCGAGGGAUCUGUCCUCCAUGGCUCCCUGAGAUCCUGUGCCCCAACACUACGGGGUGCCAGCCCCGCCCCUGUGUCCCCUGGCCCGCUGCGGAGCCUGGGGGCGGGGGGUGGGGGCGGGAUUGAACCAACCUGCAAUGAGUGGGAGGAGCAACCGCACCUUUUUUUCCUCGAGCCCCGCCCACAGAGCUCUUGGCGAAUCAUCUGCAGAGAGCAUCUGCGGGCGGAGUCUGUUCCCAGUCUGACCCACCCAGGCAUACUGGUGAACCCUGCCUGGGUUUUCCCAACCCCCAAUACGCUGCGGCCGGGAGGCCGGGGAGGGGCGGCAAGUGGUGGGCCAAGGUCCUGUGGGCUGGCAAAGAAGGAGGCGGGUGGUAUGCGGUGAGGACGCGGUUGGGCUAGGGCCAGAGGAGAACAGGGAAUGGGGAACUUGAGGAUGGGGGGAAGGGCACAGAAGCCCUGCCACCGUCCCAGGACCUUGGGCAGAUCACCCACACUCCCGGGGCCUCAGUUUCCCCAUCUGUAAAAUGAUGGUAAUAAUACUUCACCUACCUCAUAGGGGAGGUUGUGAGGCCGCCGUCACCUGACCUGGGGGUUGAGGCAGGAGGACUCUGAAGGUGCUACCCGGGAGCAAAGUAUUAUUACUGUAGCCUGAAAGCAAGGCCCACCUGCCCCUCCCCCUGCAGAGUCUCCAGGGAUAGCCGAGGCUGGCCUGGGCCCAUCUAUCUCUUCUCCACUGUGUCCCAGGUCCCUUCAUGAGCAUCACCUGCAGUCUUUGUGGGCGCCCUAGACUUAGUUGUUACCUCGUUCAGGUAUCCUUUCUUGUGACCAUCUCCCUUCGUAACUGCUGUACAAAUUCCACCUGCCACAGGACCCCGCACCUGCCCACUGGCGCCAGACGCCAGGGAAGGGACAAGGAAAACAGCCACAAAAAAAGCCAAGGGGGCCCCCAGAGUCCCCAGCCUGGCUUGGGCCCCAGGGGUGGGGUUGGUGGCCACUGUUUGUAUUGUGUUGGAGUCCUUGAGUGCAAGUGUUUUUAAAAA